AAAACAAUCGACUAACUCUUAAUUUUAUUGAAGUACUAAAGCAUUUCCUAUGACAUGGAACGCUUUGCAAAGAUCAAAACUUCUGAGAGAAAAAGAAAACUUGACGUUAGUGGCAUUUGUCGAUGCUGUGGCAUGGAAAAUGAAGAAAAAUAUCCAAUAUUGGGACCAUUUCAAGAAGACGAUGGAGUAGAUUUCAAAGAUAAAUUUUACAAGCUGACUGGAAUCAUGGUCCAUAAGACGGACAAAAUGCCGCAAUUUAUUUGUGACAUGUGUAUGGAUAAAAUCAAUGAUUUUUAUGAGUUUCAUCUUAUGGCACAAAACACUGAGAAACAAACCAGAGAAGCUCUUGGUCUACCUAAGUUAACUGUAUUAAAUCAAGUAGAACCACAUGUACGUCUUCGUGAUCUGAAAUAUUCCGAAGAGGCAAAACUACUAAUGGAGCGAACAAUAAUGAAGAGGGAAAUUCAUAAUGAUCACAUUCCAUCCACUUCGAAAAAGCGUUCUGAGAAGCUUAUUGCUCUACCACAACCGCCAAUAAAGAAAUCAAAGAAGGAUAUUUCGUGUUCCAUUUGUAGCGAAAGCUUUUCUUACCAAAGUGACUUCAACGAUCAUCUUACUAAAGAUCACAUACCUCAUAUUGCCAAAUAUGGUUGCGGGUCAUGUCGUGAAACUUUCGAUCAAUUAUCAGACCAUAAAGCACACGAGACUUGGCACACUAAAGGAGGAAAUCAUUAUUAUUGCUUCAGAUGUUUAAAAAAAUUUUCAAAACUUAGAGAUUACAACAAACAUAUGAGCAACUCCAAUUGCUGUAAAUCAGAGAAAUUCGAAGUUUUCAUUCAAGACAUCAAAUGUUUUCAAUGUAAGAAAAAGUUUUUAACACAAAAUCUCUUCGAAUGGCAUGGAUGUCUGUUGAAAACAAAAGGAUGUUGUCGAAAGUGUGGACAAUAUUUCCGACAAAAGAAAUUACUUUUAAAGCAUUACGUGCUGUGUGAAGAGAGAUUUGAAGUCCCAGACUUUUGUCUUGAUCCUGCAUUAAAACAAGUUAAGAAUGAAAGAAAUGCUGUCACAAAGAAAGUCGUUGAAGUAUCGAAUGAUAAUAAAAAAGGCCCAAAGAAAAAAACUGUUCCAAACCGAAAAGAUUCGACGGUUCCUGUAAUUGUAAAAAAAGAGUUGAUGAUGGACUCACAACAACCACCACCGAUGGAUGAUGAUUAUGAUAAUUACGAUGAGAAUAUAACUUACGAUAAUUAUGGCAAUGAUUCAGAUUCAGAUGAAGCACCUCAAUCUGCUCUAGAGCCACACGUUGAGCUUAAUGAAAAUGCUCCUAAAAUUCGAAUCAAACAAGAGCGUCUAAGUGAUCCACCAACAGUGAUAAAUCAAAAAAAUUCUUCGCCAUUAACAGCUCAAAUUAUUCGUAAUAUAAAAAAGGAGAAAUCGCAAAAUCCAACUGUGAUUACGACGGCAACUUCAAACAUAAUGAAGCUAAAAAUAAAAGCAGAACGUGGUGGAAGCGCUCAAUUAUUAAAUCCACUGGCUGUGAAGCAAACGCCAACAGCACGAAAGAAAUGCUUCAAAAUUCCUCAAGUCUUGAAAAUGAAAAUUAAGAUGGAGAAGAAGGAUCGAGGAUAUGGUGACAUAAUUGAUGAACGUGAUGAAGCUGAGGCUGAAGAUGAAGAUUUAUUAAACAACGAACCAUUACCACCUGUUACACGUAUAAAAGAAGAGAAACUUGAUCCCGCAUAUGGAGAUGUUCAUGUGAAGAAUAAGUUGAAGCAACUUAUUAAUCCCAUGGCACUGAUAAGACGCGAUAAAGCGCCUGUUUCAAAUGGAUUUGAGAAAUCUCUUGUCAUUUCAUCUGUGACAAGCAUCAAUCCCAUCAAUUCAACAUCAACCGAUAUUCAAACUGAUGAGAUUAUGCAAUCAAUGAAUAGUAACGUAGACAACAAUGCUCGUGAGAAUUUUGAUGAUACAAAUUCUAAGACGAUGCCGGAAGAACUCCACGAGAAUGACACAAACAUGGUACAAAUUCCAACAGAUCUUCUCAAGAAUCAAAAGAAUCAUUUAUCACAAUUAACUGCAAAUUAUGAAUCGUUGUCGUCAACAGAAAUGCUGGAAGCAACAAGCAACAUAAACAAUGAUGAAGCGACCACAAAUGAUGAUUUAGAUGCUCUCCUUAAGAAAUAUGAGGACACACCAUCAGCCGAUAACAAUGAUUUAUUUCAAGAGCUUUUGAAAUUUGAUUAGUCUUGAGACUGAAGCAAAUUUUUAUUUUCUUUCUCUCUCACGUAAACAUGUAAUUAAUGAAAGCUCUUUCGUCUUUUUUUUAAUAUAUUUUUUCUCUAGGCAAAAUGAGCAUAAAAAAAUAAAAUGAACUAAGAGAAAGAAGUUUAUUUGUAUGAAAUUAAAUGAAAAUAAAGAAAAUGUUAAGAAAAAAUAAAAUAAACUGUAAUG